AUGUCACCUGAUCAUCACCUGCCCAAAGAACAACACACCAAGCUGCGCGAGUGUACCAACAGAGUCAUCCCCCUGUGCGCCGCCAUCCUGGUCAUCUUCUCCAUCGGCGGAGGCCUGGGCUACACGUUCAACCAGCAAGCCCUGCCACGGAAUGCAGUAGUCGGCAUCUCGAUCACGUUUCUCGCUCUCGGGCUCGCCUUCGGGAUCGGCUGGCUGAAGAUACACUACAGCACCCACGAGAGCCAUAUCUCGAGACUGGAGGCGGCUCGCAGCGCGUACGAGCGCAUCCGCCAGGACACCGGCAAUCUGCACAACCGGGUCUCCAGGCUGUUCGGAGCGAGCCCGGCAGAAGCGGCCGGGACGAACCUUGAAGGCUUCUUCCCCGUCCUCGGCCAGGCAGAGCAAGGGCUGUACCACGUGGCAAACGACGAUAGCACACCCUUGGCCAAGACCCAAGGAAUAGCUCUAGAUGCUACCCAUGCCGCGAGUUCGCAGGGCCAGGAAGGUAAUAUCCGGAGGGCGGCAGUUCGCGCCGGUCCAUAUCCGCGGAAAAGAGGUCACGGAGGACUGCAGAACAACGGCACAAGCUCUUUGAUCCCGACAACUCGGAGCACUUUCAUUUCACCACCACUACCACCGCUACCGCCAUCUCCUGCGCUGAGACCAGAUCGCUCGGAUCAUGAACACCCAUGGGCGCCGGCGGAGGUGUCUGAUUCCGGCUCCAUGAGCAAAACGCCUCCGCACAUGAUCGCACAACGCAAAGUAGCCCCCACAGCGGCUGGAUCUGGGUCUGGGUCUGCACACUAUAUUAUUUAUGAACAGCAGCGACCACCCCGACUGACGACAGGUCACAUGGGGUACCAGCCCGCCGCAUAUUCGCCGGGGGUCGCCCCAGUAGACCUCGACACGGGAGCACCAGGGAGUCCGGCCCCGUGCCCAGACCAACAGGACCCAGCCCUGUCCACCAACCUCGCCUUCCUGCCAGACGACCUGGGCCAGGCCGUCCUGCAAGAUCUUCAGGAGCCGCAAAGCCCGGUCCAGGUCGACAGAACGAUGCGCCGGGUAGCAACUCUGACCAGGAUGCCGAAAACACAGAAGGACAUUGAUGAUGGCGCCGGCGGGCUGAUGCUCCCACGGUCGUCGAGCAGGAACAAGACGGGACCUCUGCCCUCCCUGAGAGUCUCAAAGCCCGCAAAUGAGGGUAAAGAGUCGGAAGGCAGCGCGAGAUGA